AUGGAAACAGUUAAAUUCAAGCCAGACUUGGAAAGUAUUAAAGAAAGAUCAAAGAUCGUUCCUUUCGGAAGAGCAGGUAAGGAACAGGCCACAGAAGCGAUGCCUAUUCCCUUUAUACUUUACAAUACUGAACAGGAGAUCAAGAUUGAAACUGAAGAAUCGUCUGUGUAUAGGCCAUCAACAAUCUUCCAGCCAUCGAUGAUGAGCAGAGUUCAGAGUGAAGUCUCAGUGAAAAUAACCAAUGUUCCCAUACAUGUGACACAGUCACAGCUUGUUGAGGCAAUUUUCCAGAGGUUUAAAGAUGAGCAGCCAGGGCAGAGCGUUUUAAGACCCUACACAAGAUUAAACCUUAUUUUUGAUAAAGAAAAGAAAGCUUCCAGAGGAUUUGCGUAUGCAAAUUGCGAGAAUUUGGAGAAAGCCAGGGAAUUGGCUAGGAUUGUCAGAAGUAUUGUUAUAGAUGCAUGUGUUUUAGGAGCUGAAAUAUUAGAAUAG